AUGGAAAAGCUGGAACCCCAAGACGGGGCAGACCUGAAAAGAGCUGCAAACCGAGGCGACUUGGAGCUGCCUUUCGGCCGCCCGGUGCUCGAGGUGACACAGAGACAAAGGGACAAGCUGCUAGACAGCUUCAUACAGUGGCUGGGAUCGAGAGGAGUCUCAGCGCAUGAAGUCCUCAUGACCACCACCCCUGAUGCAGAGCUAGUGAACACUCUACUAGAGCAGUAUGGCCGUGAGCUAUACAGGGCAGGAUGCCCUUACAACCACUACGCAGAGACGGUGAACGCCGUCCAGAGCAGGAGACCUCGACUGAGGAGGUGCUUGCAGCCGGCGUGGGACCUGGCCUACGCCUGGCUCCGACAGGAACCCCCGAGCCACUCCUUGGCUCUUCCAUGGCAAGCGCUCCUGUCGCUCCUCACUUCGGCGUGGAUGUGGGGAUGGAGCAGGGAAGCUGGAGUGGUCGCCCUCUCCUGGGGCGGGGUGACUCGCAUUGGAGAAGUGCUGAGUGCAUGUUGGCGGGACUUGGUCCUUCCGAUCGACGUGGACUACUCCAUCAACUACGCCCUCCUCCAAAUAGCAGAACCCAAGACAAGAUACAGAUGCGCCAGGCGUCAGAUUGCCAAGCUGGAUCACCCCCAGCUCCUCCAGGUGAUCGAAGUCGCCUCUGCGCAUUUGGCACCGAGCCAAAAGCUAUGGCCGGCGUCCGGCCAGACGAUGAGAGGACGCUUUCAGAAGCUGCUGAAAGCAAACUCGCUGCUGGAGCUGCCAGAGGGCAUCUCUAAGGGCAUUGACGUGGCCAGCGAGGACAGCGAGCUGACAAGACGAAGGGGCAGGUGGAUCCCCACCAAAAUCAUGGAAAUCUACGUGCAGGAGGCGUGGGCGGUGCAGUUCCUCCCACACCUCCCUGCAAAGGUGAAGUCGAAGUUUCUCCAAGGUGUGGCACUUUUUCCGUGGGCUCUCCAACUAGCCCUACGGUGGCGCAGAGCAGCCAUUCCAGACUCGGCAUGGCCUGUUCUGUUUGAGAAAGCUGCGCGUGACUUUGAGCUGAAGUCCUUAGGAGGCAACGAAUGGGUGAUGGAGAAGCCGCUGACGAUUGCUGACAGCGCUGGCUUUGGCAAGUACAGCGGCAUCCGACCAAGGCCGAAAGGAUCAUGGACCGGCGUGCGGAAGCAGCGACAAACGAGGAUGCAAGCCAUAGAAGAGUUGAAAGUCCAGCUGCGGGAAGAGGGUGAGGCGCUGCGCGAGUGUUUGGAGGCCUCGGGCGCCUUGGCGCCGGUGCGCUUCCUGGCGCGCUUGCACCGCCGGCGCUUCGCCGAGGUGAUCAAGCGGCACCCGGGGCCAUGGCCUGGGAGCUUGGAUGCCGUGAUGCAGAUCCGGGAGCUGGCAUUAGCCACAGCUGCCAGUGCUGGGGCUGCCAGCGUGGCGCCCCUGGCGGCGGCCAGCCGGGCUUUGCGGGCUGGAGUGGGCAGCAUGCUCUCGGAGUUCCCAGCUCUUUUCCCGUCUCAGGUCUACGCCAUUGGCGGCGCCGACUCUGGGGCCGAAACCUUGAGCUCGGUGGAGAAGUUCGACUCCAAGAGCUGCGUCUGGGAGACGGUGUCCCCCUUGGCGGAACCGCGGGAAAGCUGCGCCGCGGUGGCGGCCAACAGCAUGAUCUAUGUGCUGGGCGGUGUCAAUGCCGAGUCCCAAUGCCUCAACACCGUGGAAUGCUUCUCUCCACAGACGGGGACGUGGGAGCCGAUGCCUCCGAUGCGGCAUGCCCGUGCUGCCGCGGCGGCCGCGGCCUGUGGUGGGCAGGUCUACGUGAUCGGUGGCCGUGAUGGCUUUCAAUGCCUGGACAGUGUCGAGCGCUUUGAUCCGGUGGCCCGGCGUUGGCGGCUGCAAGCUUCCUUGCGGAGUGCCAGGCUGGGUGCGGCUGCCUGUGUCUUGGGAGGUGGCAUCUAUGUGAUUGGAGGCAAGGGCGGUGGUCGUGUCCUGGACUCGGUGGAGCGCCUGGAGCACGAGAACAGUUUCUGGGAGAUUUUGCCCUCCCUCCACGCGCGCCGCUAUCGUUGCGCCUCCGCGGCGGCGCACGGCCGGGUCUACGUGGCCGGCGGCUGCGACGGGGCCUGGCAGACGGGGCUGCGGAGUGUGGAGCGCUUUGACCCGGAGACCAGAGCUUGGAGUAUCUUGGCACCCCUGCAGGUGCCCCGCUGGGGGGCGGCCGCCGUGCCGGCCGGCGGGUCGGUGUGCGUCUUCGGCGGCCGUGGGGCGUCGCCCUCCACGGCGUUGAGCUCGGUGGAGCGCUUCGAUCCGGCGACGGGGACCUGGGAGCCGCUGCCGCCGAUGAAAGUGCCCAGGAAGUUCUGUGGGGCGGCUACCUGUCGCGACUGA